GGGUCGUCCGGGACACUGUUGCGCGGCUGGUUGGGACUGGCUAGAGCGCGGCUGUCGGGUUCGGACCCGAGAGUCUCGAUCUACACGCCGGACUUCUGCCUCCGUCGCUCCCCACCCCCCUCCCCCCACGUCGGGGGAGGCGGCGUGUCCGGCGGAGGGUUGUGGGGCUCGGGGCAGGGCUGGAGCGCCAUGAGCAGCCCGGAUGCGGGAUACGCCAGUGACGACCAGAGCCAGCCCCGGAGCGCUCUGCCCGCGGUGAUGGCCGGGCUGGGCCCUUGUCCCUGGGCCGAGUCGCUGAGCCCCCUCCAGGACAUGAAGGUGAAGGGUGAGGCGGCAGCGAGUAGCGGGGCGCCGGCCGGGGCCGCGGGUCGAACCAAAGGCGAAUCUCGCAUCCGGCGGCCGAUGAACGCCUUCAUGGUGUGGGCUAAGGAUGAGCGCAAGCGCCUGGCGCAGCAGAACCCGGACCUGCACAACGCCGAGCUGAGCAAGAUGCUAGGCAAGUCGUGGAAAGCGCUGACCCUGGCGGAGAAGCGGCCCUUCGUGGAGGAGGCCGAGCGGUUGCGCGUGCAGCACAUGCAGGACCACCCCAACUACAAGUACCGGCCCCGGCGGCGAAAGCAGGUGAAACGGCUCAAGCGGGUGGAGGGCGGCUUCCUGCACGGCCUCGCGGAACCGCAAGCGGCCGCGCUAGGUCCCGAGGGCGGCCGCGUGGCCAUGGACGGCCUGGGCCUGCCCUUCCCAGAACAGGGCUUCCCGGCGGGACCGCCGCUGAUGCCCCCGCACAUGGGCGGCCACUACCGCGACUGCCAGGGACUGGGCGCGCCCCCAAUCGACAGCUACCCUCUGCCCACUCCGGACACAUCCCCACUGGACGGCAUGGAGCCAGAUCCCGCUUUCUUUGCCGCGCCGCUGCCGGGGGACUGCUCGGCGGCUGGCCACUACAGCUACGCUCAGGCUUCGGACUACGCGGGGCCCCCAGAGCCGCCCGCCGGCCCCCUGCACUCGCGGCUGGGCCCGGAGUCGGCCGGUCCUGCGAUGGCGGGCCUUCUGGCGCCCCCCAGCGCCCUGCACAUGUACUACGGCGCUAUGGGCUCGCCCGGGGCGGGCGGCGGGCGCGGCUUCCAGAUGCAGCCACAGCACCAUCCUCCCGGCCCCGGACAGCCGUCGCCGCCUCCCGAGGCUCUGCCCUGCCGGGACGGCGCGGAAACGAACCAGCCAGCCGAGCUACUCGGGGAGGUGGACCGCACAGAAUUUGAACAGUAUCUGCACUUUGUGUGCAAGCCCGAGAUGGGGCUCCCCUACCAGGGACAUGACUCUAGUGUGAAUCUCCCAGACAGCCACGGGGCCCUUUCCUCAGUGGUGUCGGAUGCCAGCUCUGCGGUAUAUUACUGCAACUACCCUGACGUUUGACAGGUCCCCGUCGCAUCCAGCCUGCAGGCCAGAAGCACAGUGUUACCCACUUCCUGGAGGAGCUAAGGAAAUCCUCAGCCGCAUGUUGUUAUGUUUUAUAACAAACAUUAUUGCUUCGGCAUAUAAUUUAUGGUAAUUUAUUUUGUCUGCCACUUGAACAUUUGAGGAAAAUGGGCUUGUGUUUGUUAAGAUUUGUGCAGAUACUUGUUUACCACAGUUGCAUUGUCAAAAGCCCAUUUCUGCGUUUAAGUUUACUGGUUUAGACUGUGUCCCAGAACAACUUGUUCCAUUUUCUGAAAAUUUAUUGAUCAAAGAAAUUUUGUCCAGGGUGUAUUUUUUUCCAUCUUAAAAAAAAAAUAAAAUCUGGAAUCCUAGUCCUAUUUUGUCAUUCUGCCUAGUGCCUUUGCCACAAAAGCCGUUUUUUGGGAGUAAUGUUAAAUAUUAAUAGGUUAGAAAUAGUUCAAUAGCUGACAUUUAAUAUACCGUCACUCUGCAUUUUCAUUCUCUUCUAAUAGACACUAUGAUUUCAAGGAGAAGCCCUAAGAAUUCACAUUAAGAAAUCCAAGAUUGAGAAAAUUGUUUAAUGAAAAAGCCUCAUGGAAUGAAACGUACAUUUCAAGUGAUUUAAGUAAUGGUUAAUCGUAAACUCUAAAUGAUGUCAAUUUUAACAUUGGGCUAAUGAGUUUUGGUUGUGGUAUUAAUAGUGGGUUUUGGUUGUGUUAGCUUGGCACAUCGCUAAAGAGACCUUUGGAUUAAAAAAAAAAACAAACCUGUAUUUCACCAAGAGUCUACACACCCCAAUACUGAGCUUGCCUUUAAUACUCACAGUUUACAGGUUGGGAAGUAGUGAUGUUGGACUAAAAAAUAAAUUGAAGGAAACAGGAAACAUGCAUUGUAAGCUACUUUUAAUGGGACUGUAGCAUCUGAUUGCAAUAGGAUUUUUUGCUAUUAUAGGUUAAUGGCCUACAUGGCAAAUUGCAUUUUCUGACACCAGUAGUUUUGUUACUAAGCUUUUGAGGUGAAUG